AUGCCACUCAAGACAUACCACCACAUUUCGUCCGUCAAAGGGCUUUCCUCGGUCACAACUCUCAUAACCGGUCCCAAAUCUUCCAUCCUCAUCGAUCCCCCAUUCCUGCUUCCUGACGCUGAAUCCGUCGUCGCCUGGCUCUCUGCCAUCUUCACGACCCACCACCACCCGGAUCACUACUUCAGCGUGAACCCCAUCCUCGAUGCCUUCCCCGGCGCACGCUUCCUCGCCGCGCCCUACGUGUGCGCGGGCAUCGAGCGCGAGUACGACUCCAAGGUCAUGUACUGGCCCGCGCAGCUCGGCGCGCACAACUUCUCGCCACGACCGCCCGCCAAGCCGGAACCGUAUCCUUUCAGCUUCGUAUCCGUCGACGGUGAGCCGGUGUUCUUGCUGGGACCGGUGCAGGGAGAUGCGGUGGACCAUACGCUGUUUUGGGUGCCCGGGGAGAGGACGCUUAUCGCGGGAGAUGCAGUUUAUGCGAGGAGUAAUCAUGUUUGGGCCGAAGAAAUCGAAACUCCAGCUGUCCUUGCUGCGUGGUUGAGUACACUGGAUCUGAUUGAGUCUUUACAGCCGGCCAAGAUCAUCCCGGGCCACAUCGAGGAGGGCUGGGAACUCGAUGCGGAGAAGGAUCUCGCGCACAACCGCGCGUACCUACAGCUCUUCAAGGAAAAGAUCCAGGAGGCACCGAAGAAACCAUCGGUGGACGACAUCUACAACACGUUCAAAGAAGCCUUCCCGGCGGCGGAUAAGAACUUGGACUUCUUCCUUGGACACCUGUCCAACCAGUUUGGCGAAGGAGGCGAGAUUUGGGAGGAGAACAGGCAUCACCGGGUAGCUCAGAAAACAAGUGAGGAAUUAGAGGGAUGGAAGGUUCCGCUGCAGAUUAAUUAA